AUGAAAACCCGACAUCCAGUUCGCCCGGACACUGCCCUUACGGAACGCAAAGAUGGCGCAGUCGCUGAUACAAAUUAUGAUGUGCAUUAUGAUGUGUUUUUAAUUUGUACUGUGCUGUCCCAUACUCAUUCACCGGGAGAGGCCUUGAUUUUGACACAUUCCGACGCAGGAUAUUGUGUAGCUAAGCAGAAGUUCAGCGGAUUCGAGUGGGAAGCCAAACCAACAAUUCACAAAGAUCAUGUGGCAAUCACGUUAUGGUGCAAUCCUGAAGUGGAAACCGAUUCUUGGCGCUGUGCUGCUCUUAUUACUGUGUACAGCUGCUCGAGCGUCGAUAAUGGAACUACUCUGCUAUAUAGAUGCUCACACAUCUUCCACAACGAGUAUCGCUCGACGAGCAUCAUAAUUCCUCGCUUUGAAUUGUAUAACAAUGGUUCAUUGGGAAUUCUCAGUACUUCUAGAGAAGCUGCAAUGACUGGUUUGAAGUUUACAAAGCCUACGGAAUUUAAUAAUACCUGCAUUGCCUUCAAAAACAGUGACAUGCGUGUUUUUGUAAAUAAGGAGUACCUAAUGAUGAACUCGCAAAAAUUUGCGACGUUAUUUACACCGGAGCGCGCUGAAUCGCCUGCUUCCAAUUUGGAUAAGUCCGAGUCGGGCGAUGAUUUCGACAUUCUGAGCUCGCGGGCUAGUAUGCCUGAACAGCCCUUGAGAGACGACAGCGUUCUCGAUGUCAACCUUCUUUCUUCUCAUGGUGAUGGUGUUCCAUCCCCAGCUGUCUGCGAAGAACGAGUGUUUUUGCUUGAGGAUGUCAACAUAAAAGAUUUCAUUGCUUUUUUGGAAACCAUUUAUCCACCCUUUCAUAACAUCACAGGUGAAAACGUUGAAAGCGUAUUACCGACGGCUUUUCGCUUUGAUGUUGAGCACAUUUUGAAAAAAUGUGAAAACUAUCUAAGGACUGAAGAUGCUAGGAAGUCGUUCGGCCUUUUCCAAAGACUCGUGUUUGCCACAACUUACAAAAUGGGUUCUCUCCAGAACGAUUGUCUAACAUUACUUCAAAAUUCACGUGAUGUUUUGCUACUGUUAGACGAUCCACGUGUGAAGAACGCAUCCCCGGACUUGCGUUAUCUACUGCUGGAAACGUUGCAUAAACGUUUCAGGUCCGAAGCAGGAACAUCCCCCUCUGAAGCGGAUGGGGCAUCUACGACCUCGAACUUCUGA